AUGAACCCCCACGCAAAACUAAUCUCCACCAUAAGCUUAAUUAUAGGAACCAGCAUUACUAUGUCCAGCAACCAUUGAAUCUUGGCCUGGACAGGCUUAGAAGUCAACACCUUAGCUAUUAUCCCACUCAUCUCAAAAUCCCACCACCCUCGAGCAAUUGAAGCUGCCAUUAAAUACUUCCUCACCCAAUCAACUGCAUCAGCCUUAAUCCUAUUCUCAAGCCUUACCAAUGCCUGAUCUACAGGACAGUGAGACAUUACACAACUAAACAACCCCACAUCAUGUCUGCUACUAACAAUAGCAAUUGCAAUUAAACUAGGAUUAGUUCCAUUUCACUUUUGAUUUCCAGAAGUACUUCAAGGUUCUUCAAUAACUACUGCCCUACUACUCUCAACUCUGAUAAAACUUCCCCCUAUCACCCUUCUCUUCAUAUCAUCACAAUCCCUCAACCCCGCCCUGCUAACUACCCUAGCAAUCUCCUCAGCUCUAGUCGGAGGCUGAAUAGGCCUUAACCAAACACAAACACGAAAAAUCCUAGCCUUCUCAUCUAUCUCCCACCUAGGUUGAAUAAUCGCCAUCAUUAUCUACGACCCCCAUCUUACUAUCCUCACCUUUGCAUUGUAUUCACUAAUAACAACAACCAUAUUCUUAUCAUUAACCCAGAUCAAAGUCCUGAAACUCUCAACAAUACUCAUCUCAUGAACAAAAACACCUAUACUUAAUGCAACUAUAAUACUUGCACUCCUAUCUCUAGCCGGCCUUCCACCACUAACAGGCUUCAUACCAAAAUGACUUAUCAUUCAAGAACUUACCAAACAAGGAAUAACUCCUACAGCCACAACCAUCACUUUACUAUCACUCCUGGGCCUGUUCUUUUACCUUCGCCUUGCAUACCACUCAACAAUUAUACUCCCCCCUAACUCGUCUAAUCACAUGAAACUCUGACGCACUAACAAAGCAUCAAACACCCCUACAGCCAUUCUAUCCACCCUGUCAAUCUCCCUACUGCCCAUAACCCCUCUGAUCACUACCAUAUUCUA